GAUGCUAAUAUGCGGUCAAAUUAGUUUAUUAGUUAGGUAAGCAUUGACAAUUUUUGUUCAAUUGAGUUGGGUAACGAUUUGAACACAUGUUGGCAUAUGUAUUAGUAGGCUAACCUUCGAGAUUAUUUCUUCGUACAGAGAAAUUGCAAACUAGUCAAUGACAGAUAAAGAUGUGGUAUGGCAGCAUGGGGACAAUUUGGCUCCGGGUUUUAGGUGUAAUUAUUGCAAUAAGUCAAAGAAAGGCGGUGGUGCCACAAGAUUGAAAGAACAUUUGGCAGGGCGAGGAUCAAAUGUUGUACACUGUGAUAGGGUGCCUCCAGAUGUACGCGAUUAUUUCAGACGUGAGCUAGAUAGGGCAAAAGAUAAGAGGAAGGGAAAGACAGACGAGAGGCUUCGGAGGCAAGAAUUAGCUAGAGUUCAAGUAGAUUUGACAAGCGACAAUGAGGACACGGAAGAGGAACAGGUGCAGCGUGCCGUAGGUCAAUCGAGGGAUGAGGAAGAGUUUAGGAGGAGGUCAGGCGAGUCCUACGAGCAUGGAGGUGGUAGUGGUACUGACAGAGGGGGAUCUGUAUUAAAGAGGAUGCUUAGAAGAGCAUCGUCAACAAGGGAGCCACCGCCAAGUGUCCGGGAUUACAAUGUUGCUUUAGCAAAAGCCCCUGUGCAACCGAGGAUUGACACCGGGUCAUGGAGUGCCAAGGGAAAGAAAGCGAAGGAAGCUAUUGGUGUGGCAUGGUCCAAAUUUUUUCACACUUCAGGCAUUCCUGGCAGAAGGGCGGACGAUGCAUUCUUUAUCGCUGCAGUGAAAGAAACACAAAAAUGGGGCGAGGGUGUACCAUCUCCAACAGGGCGGGAUAUAGAUGGUAAGUAUCUGGACGAGAACGAAAAUGCUUUAAAGAAAAUAUUUGACAAGUGGAAGCUAGAAUGGCCAGAAUAUGGUGUUACUGUAAUGUGCGAUUCGUGGACGGGACCGACGCACAUGAGCAUUAUUAAUUUCCUCAUAUAUUGCAAUGGUCGUAUGUUUUUUCACAAGUCUGUUGAUGCGACCGGCUACAGUCAAGAUGCUAAAUAUUUGAAUAAGGAGAUAAGAGCAGUGGUAACUGAUUUAGGUCCAGAAAAUAUUGUACAGAUUGUGACUGAUAACGGGUCCAACUAUAAGAAGGCAUGCCAGGUUUUGAGAAGGGAAUAUCCUGCUAUCGCGUGGCAGCCUUGUGUGGCACACACGAUAAAUUUAAUGUUGAAGUCGGUUGGCGAUUUUAGAGAACACGACAUUGUCAUCCAAAGUGCAAGGGCUAUAUCACGAUGGCUGUACAAUCAUUCAAAACUACAUGAAAUGAUGAAGGCAGCAAUUGGUGGAGAGUUGGUGAGGUGGAAUGCCACAAGAUUUGGAACUAACUACCUAUUUCUUGAUAGCUUUCUACGACGAAAGGACAGGUUCAUGCAAUGGAUGGCAUCUAGUGAGCUCCAGCAGUCUCGAUACAUUAGUUCUGAUAUUGGAAGAUAUGCACAUAGUUGCCUAUCCAGCUUACCAUGGUGGGACAAUCUAAAAAUGGUUGUUGAUUCCGUCCAGCCAUUGUAUGCAUUCCUCCGUUUUGCGGAUCAGGACAAAGUGCCAAUAUUGAGUGAGGUGCUCCUGAGAUACACCAUUGUGAAGCAUGAGUAUGAAUCAUUGUAUAAGAAUGAUAGGGAUUCUUUGGAUAAGUACAUGGCAAUUGUCGAUCGUAGAAUGAAUGAUCUAGCCAAUGGGACAUACAUGAAUGCCGGUAAUACACUCCUACCACUUUUCAAAUGCUUGUGUUUGUAA